UAGCCAUUUCGCCACAUGAAAGCCCGAUGAGCUGAACGACCAACAUCCGAGUUGUUCGUGGAGAAGAGAAAUCAGCGUUCAGGAGCUCCGCGCGCACAAGGACGUACACGAACUCGCGCGCAAAGACGCACGGCGCGCAGACACGUACACUUCCUCCUCCUCCGCGGUGGAAAAAAGGGAGAGAGGAACAGAGAGAGGGCACUCGAAACGCAAACUUCCAACUCUCCCAUGUGGAAAGCGGAGGUUUGAGGAUAAGGCACACAUUUUCCUCCUCGGGGCUCCGUUCCUUCCCCCCUCUCUCCCUGUCUUUCUCUCCCUCUCUCGGUGUUUUUGCCUGGAUAGUUGUGUUUCUAUGAGAGUCUUGCUCGGCGAGAAGAGAAGUUUGGUUGUUUGCCUGGUCGGCUGAGGAGGAGGAGGAGAAGAGUCGGGUUAAAAGUGGGGGAAGAUGGUCCGCAACGGCGCUUGGAGAAGAAGCUUGCUGUGCGUCCUGGCGCUCAGUCUCGGCUUCGCCUCCCCGCCGUGCAAAGCUCGGAUUUACACCAACCACUGGGCAGUCAGGAUAGCUGGUGGAGCCGAGGUGGCCGACCGGAUAGCGGACAAAUAUGGCUAUAGGAACAUGGGACAGAUUGGGGAUCUCAAAGACCACUAUCACUUCUUCCACAGCAGGACCAUCAAGAGGUCGACUUUGUCCAGUCGUGGUAGACAUAGUUUCAUCUCCAUGGAGCCAAAGGUGGAGUGGAUUCAGCAGCAGGUGGUGAAGAGAAGGAUAAAGAGGGAUUACAAAGUAGCCCCGCCCCUUUCCCUAUCAAGCCCCGCCCUCAGCAGCCCAGCCCCGAACAACAUAUUCUAUAAUGAUGCCAAGUGGAGCAGUAUGUGGUACAUUCACUGCAACGACGAUGUCCACAACUGUCAGUCAGACAUGAACAUCAUGGGGGCGUGGAAGAGAGGCUACACGGGUAAAAACGUGGUGGUGACCAUACUGGAUGACGGCAUCGAGAGGAACCAUCCGGACCUCUUUCAGAACUACGACCCUCAGGCCAGCUUUGAUGUCAACGGCAACGACAUGGACCCCAUGCCACGAUAUGACGCAACAAACGAGAACAAACACGGGACACGGUGUGCGGGCGAAGUGGCUGCAGCUGCAAAUAAUUCCCAUUGCAUUGUGGGAAUUGCCUACAAUGCCAGAAUAGGAGGCGUGCGAAUGCUGGAUGGAGAUGUAACAGAUAUGGUGGAGGCCAAGUCUCUGAGCCUGCAGCCGCAGCACAUCGACAUCUACAGCGCCAGCUGGGGGCCCGAUGAUGACGGGAAGACCGUGGACGGACCGGCGUCUCUAGCCAGGCAGGCUUUUGAGAAUGGCAUCCGCAUGGGGAGGAAGGGCCGCGGCUCCAUCUUCGUGUGGGCUUCAGGCAAUGGCGGGCGCAGCAGAGACCACUGCUCUUGUGACGGCUACACCAACUCCAUCUACACCAUCUCUAUCUCCAGCACGGCAGAGAGCGGGCGUAAGCCGUGGUACCUGGAGGAGUGCUCGUCCACACUGACAACCACCUACAGCAGCGGGGAGAACUACGACAGAAAGAUAAUCACAACAGACCUGAGACACCGGUGCACAGACAGUCACACAGGGACAUCUGCCUCAGCUCCCAUGGCUGCAGCCAUUAUUGCUCUGGCCCUGGAGGCAAACUCUCAGCUAACAUGGAGAGACGUCCAGCACAUCAUUGUAAAAACGUCCAGAGCCGGACAUCUCAGUGCUCCUGACUGGAAGACGAAUGCUGCUGGUUACAACGUCAGCCAUCUCUACGGCUUCGGUCUGAUGGACGCCGAGGCCAUGGUGAAGGAGGCGGCACGAUGGAAGCAGGUUCCUACACAGCACGUCUGUGUGGAGAGCGCAGACCGACAAAUCAGAACCAUCCGUCCAGAGCACGUGGUUCGAUCUGUGUACAAGGCGACGGGAUGCACUGACAACCCCAACCACCAUGUGAUCUACCUGGAGCACGUGGUCGUACGGAUUACAAUCACACACCCUCGCCGUGGAGACCUGUCAAUCAACCUGACAUCACCCUCAGGGACCAAGUCUCAGCUGCUCGCCAACAGGUUGUUUGAUCACUCCAUGGAGGGCUUUAAGAACUGGGAGUUUAUGACCACCCACUGCUGGGGGGAGAAGGCGGCAGGGGACUGGGUCCUGGAGAUUUAUGACUCACCUUCUCAACUACGCAGCCAAAAAGUACCCGGCAAGCUGAAGGAGUGGUCGCUGGUCCUAUAUGGCACCUCCACGCACCCGUACCUGCGCAGCGACAAGCCGCGCUCCACAGACACAGUGAUGACCACCGAGGAGGAGUUCACCGAGGAGUACAACGGCCCCUGUGACUCUGAGUGCAACGAGAAUGGCUGUGAAGGUCCGGGACCCCACCACUGCAUCAACUGCCUCCACUACUUCCUCAAGUUCAAGAACAACACCAGGAUGUGCGUGUCCGAAUGCCCCAGUGGCUUUUUCCGUGACGAUAGGAAGCGCUGCAAGAAGUGCUCCUCGCUAUGUGAGACCUGCGUCGGCAGCCGCAGUGACCAGUGCACCACAUGUCGGAGCGGUUUCCACCUCAACGAGGGCUCCAACACAUGUGUGGCCACCUGUGCCGAAAGCUUCUACCUCGACCACGAUUCCAACAUUUGCAGGAGAUGUCCAGAGAACUGUAAGAAGUGCACCUCCAGCAGUAUCUGCACAGAAUGUAAACCUGGAAUGAGUCUUCAAGCAAACAGGUGUCAGAUGACGUGCGACCCAGGAACUUAUUACAACGGCCACAGAAGGGCCUGUGAGUCGUGUCAUCGGGCCUGUGCCACUUGUGCAGGCACAGGAAUCGAGGCGUGCACCAAGUGUGCAGAGGGCUACUUACUUGAGGACUGGCGGUGUGUGUCGACAUGCAGCGCUGGAUACUACUUGUUAGAGCAGACCGCAGACAACGGGCAGGUCCAGAGGUCCUGUAAGAAGUGUGACCAUAGCUGCUUAGAGUGCUCGGGGCCCGGUGAGAGAAACUGCAGCAGCUGUGUCAGUGGUUACAAUCUGGAGGCGGGAGCCUGCGUGGUCAGCACCAUCUGCAAAGAUGCAAAUGAAGAAUCUUGGGCGGAGGGCAGUUUCUGCGUGCUUGUUAAAAAGAACAAUCUUUGCCAGAGGAAAGUGCUGCAGCAACUGUGCUGCAGAACGUGCUCGCAAAAGGGCUGACGGGAUGUACUCACUGGGCGUAAAAAGGGAGUGCGGGGGGGAUGCAGGGGGGCAGCCCUCCUUCUCAAACACCCCCCUGCUCACUCAUUCACAGUCACAUAAUUUAUAAGAGAAUCUGUGCCUCUUUAAGGGACUGCAUCGGAGGUGCGAUGACAGGACUACAACAAACCUACCUUUUUUCUGUACUGGGACACAAACACGUGGUCAGGGUGUAAAAUGACUUAUGGAACUUAUUUUCAAGAACAAACAAGCAAAUGAAACAAAACACAAAAGAGCAAAAGUGUCGGUAUUUUGUGACCAAAGCAUCGAUGCCAAAAUAAUUGAACCUCCUUUUAUGUUGCCAGUGUAGGAAGCAUAGCUUAAAAACAGGAGCCACGCAGCCUGUGAAUCUCUGAAUACGUCUGUGUGCAUUUUUUAUUUUGGCUUCUGGUCCUUCCUCUCUCUCCAGCGUUAACGAUAAACAGAUGGAAAGAGAACAUACAGUAGGAAAGGCCCUGGUUUGCCUGUAAAUAUAUGUCAAAGGAUUAAAAAAUGAAGCUCACUCAGUAAUGUGAAAAUAAUGUCUGUCUGGGCUGACUUUAGAGGGGGAGAGACACAUUCGCUCACACAGAAACAAACACACAGUAUACACCACUCAUGAAUCAGCCACCUUAAAGUUAAACCGUGUCACUGCGUCACAUUACUGACCACAAUCACCUCAUUUCAUUUAUUUAAAACCACCAGCCUGCCCUCUGAACGGUGUGUUUGUCUUUAUUUGUGUGUGUAGGAGAAUGCCAUUAAUACUUAAUGUAAGCCCAGACAGCAUUGAUUCAUUCCAGAGGUACGACAAGACGAGUCGAUAGUCAUUCCUUCUGGAGCUUUCUGCGGGAAAGGAAACGCUGCAGUGAGUCCAAAUGAAUUUGUGGUACUGGGGAUGCACCGCUGACCAUUUUUCAACAACAGUUCUGUUUUUGUAUACUUAACUUUCCCCCUUUGAAUCCAUCCGUUGCUUUGACUGAACGUUUAAAGCGAAAUAAUUGAAAUUAAACUCAUAUUUGUUACAGGGAUUACAUUUUUUCUUUGUGUUAUUUCCCCAUUUGCCAUGUGCAGCCCUGAUAAAGGGAAUUUUGUCAAUUAUAUUAUUUUUGUUUUGGUGCUACGGUUGUCACAAUACCAGGAUUUAAAACUAUGGUGCCAUUUUAGUCAAAUCAAACAAUUUGCAUACCAUGGGAACAAAAAUAGUAUUUCUAAAGCCCACUCCAGACCGAAGAUUGCAACAAGAUGAGUGGAAACUCAUAAUUCUGAAAGUCGGUUCACAUCACUGCAACUGGGGGAGACGAUGCAACAUUUCAACUCUUACUGUCAUUCAUUUUAAAGUGACUGCACACUAAAUCAAUCUCUACAAGACAGUACAGCACAUUAGACUGACUCCUGCAUGAGGGUGAUUCAUCAUUAACCCCUUUAUUUAAGAUGCUGCAUACAUGUUUUUUGUGACUAUCAUUGUAUGGCACAUAUUAUGAGUAAAUAUCUGCUGGAAACAAUAUUUUUCCAACGGACAAAUUUAGCCUUGAAUUUCUCAUUUGUUUGCCGCACAUCCUGCUUACGAGCACAGCUGAUGGAGUUUAUUAUUGGGCUGAUGCUUCCAUUUGAAAAUGUAUUCAAAAGUAGAUGCAAUCAUUUCACAGCUUAAUUUUAUCUAACAUUAUAUUUUUCGUCAAACAAUAUUUAUUUACAUUUAGAGCCUUUCAAAAUAUGAUUUCCAUUUCCCAUUAACAGUUUGCAAUAUCUAAAAAACAGCUAUUGCCAAUGUGAUGAAACAAAUCACACAGGCAACACCAUCAACUAGCUUGAUCCUGGCUGCAACAGCUCUGUUCACUCAGCUGCAAAAUGGUCUUGUUGCAUCGUGGAUCCUCAGUCUGAACUGCAGGCUUAAGUCUUAGCAGUUCAAUGGGGACUAUGUUGGUUUUCAUUGCAAGAAAAACUCAUUUUUACUGUCUGAUUUGCACAAAAACAUGGUUGACAUCCCAUUAUUGAAAUAUUGCCCAAGUCUGAAAGGAAACGCAGAAUUCACAGCUUGAUUUUAUCUUGCAAAGCAUCGAAUAGUAUUUGCUGGCAUUUAAAGCCUUCAAAACAAGAUUUUUAUUUCCAGUUUCUAGUUUGCAAUGUCAAAAAACAGGCAAUUUGAUCAACUAAAUCUCACAGGCAAUGCCAUCAACCAGCUUGAUUCAAGUUGCAAAACAGUCUUGUUGCAUAGGUGAGUCUUCUGUCUGAACUAGGCUUAAGCCUCAAUAUUAGAGAAUUUAUCGGUUUUCACUCCAAGAAAAACUUGUUUUUACUGUUUGAAUUGCAUAAAAACAUUGGCAGUAUGCCAUUACUGAAACAUUGCCAAAGUAUUGGGGCAAUUUGGAUAGUAUACAGGAGUUUUCUUGCUGUUUUGGGUGGACUCAUCUUUCCCCAACCUAGCUGAAAGGAAAUGCUGCAGUGAGUCCAAAUUAAUUUGUGGUAGUUGGGAUGCACAGAUGGCCAUAUUUCACCAUUUAUUUUUCCCAAACUUAUAGUUGUAUCUAUACAUUAUUUUGACUGAAGAUUCUAAGCAAAAGAAGCAAAAUAUCAAGACUAUUUGUUACUGGAAACUUGUUUUUUUCUUUGUUAUUUUUCCUUUUCCAUGAGCAACCCUACUGAAGGGAAUGUUGUCAAAUUAUUAUAUGUUCUGUUGGUGCUAGGGUUGUCACAAAACCAGAAUUUUAAACAAGUACAAAUCAAAUGAUAUUGAAAAAUAAGAUUUUAUAACCCUGACAAAAAACAGAAGUCCAAGGAAGGUAAUUUCUUGGUUUGAAUGGACAAAAGUGGCAAGAAAAUCUCUGUCACAAAGUUUCAGUUGCACAAAUAUGUUGACCAUAUGUGUUUUUGCAAUCAAGGUUGAGCUUUCUUUCUCUCAAAACAUCUGGUAAGAAAUAUGACUGAAGAUCUGAGGUUUUUUAAAGCUUUGGUGCUAGAUGGUGCCUCAAGGUUAUCAAUGAUAGAGAGCAAACAAGAACUGCAUCAAUGGCCAGCAUUGGAAAGAUGACCAAUAUGGUUUGAAGGUAUUUUUUAAUUGAUCCUUUAUCCCAAGGUCCUUUCCAUUUCAAACAAAUGAGAAUAGCCUGUGGUCUGACUAAGUUUGUAGAAAAAUCAGAUCAGUUCUAUGAAAAUUAAAGGAUUAUUUUCAACUGUUUUAAGCUCUAAAGAACUCAGCAAGCAGGAAUUUUGUCUUACCUAAAACAGUUUAAUGUGAGAGGAACUUCCCUGAUUGGUGGGUCAGGAGACCAAUCAGAGGAGUAUUGAGGAAUCAGAUACCAAAAAUAGCAGGCAAACUCCUGCACACUGAAUAAAACAAUAUCAAAACAUUAAAAAACAAUCAAUCUUCAUUCAUAUUUACUUCAGAGCUACAGCAGUGGGGUCCAUUCACAAUCACAGCUUAGCAAAUUCAGAGAUUUCUAAAAUCACUUUUCUCGUAAAGAUGCAGAAUUUCUGUCUAUGUCUCCAACCCACAGAAAGAGAGCAAAGGAUGUGACACGGCUGAUGUUUUCCUGCUGUUUAGACAGUCUCCGCGACUUAGCUUGCAGUUUUUCAUGGAUUCAAACUGACAGAGAUUGUCAUUUAAAAUAAGGUGGUAUCAGAAAAGUAGCAUUUUGACAAGCUUACUUGGUGCAUCCCUACAUGUUACUGCUCUCAAAUAAAUGAGAUUUAUAUAUUUCUGCUUUUUGUCCCUGUAUCAGAAUGGCGAUGCAUAUCAACAGAGGCAUUGCUCUACACUUUUAACACAGAAGGUCAAUGAUGGGCACAGAAAAUCUUCUGUUUUUUCAUGUUUCAGCUGCAGGUAACGGCCUCUGACAGGCAGACAGGCUGCAAACAGCUCAGGUGCAAAUCAGAUGUCAUUUCUAAAACACAAAACCACAGAUUUAGUUUGACAUUUAGCUGUGGAGUAUUUGUGUUCAGUCAACCCAAGAAUAAUCACUAAACAAGCAUUAGAAGGCAAUCAAUAUUUUCUAUUUUGGUUAUAAUUGUCGGAGCAGAGAGAAAAUGUUAAAUCGUAUCGACACAGAUCUCCUGGUGUUAUUGGCGAUUGAUGUCAAAAGUCUGGUUUCUCCUCCUGUCUGCCUCUGAGCCGUGCCCGUCAAAGGUCAGAGGUUAUUCUGGUGGUGCUGGUUUCUAAUAAAGAACAGCAAAUAUUUUAAAGAUUCUUCUUGUAUUUGUGUGGGUUUUCACACCUGCAGCUUGAGCAUUUACAGUAUUAGAUGAAUUGUUGUACUGUCAGCUGGUUAUGGUUCUUGAUGAUUUGUAAUAAAGAUUGAUGACUCCCCUGUUUUGGUUAACAAAAACUUAUUCUUGGUCAUUGUUUAAGAUGACUUGAAUUGACAUUAGAUUGUGUGGUCGUAGGCGCACGCACACAUCCCCCUCGUAUAAAGCUGUUUUUAUCGUGUACCUGUGACAUAUCUGUGACAAUGCAUUAUUAAUGUUACUCAAAGUCCUAGUUUUGAAAAUCUUUUUUUACUUAAGUGUUCUUAUUAAAAUGUUUAAUCUG